AACACAACUAGUACCCAGUCUCUAGGGCAAUAUGAACAUCGAACUAAAACAAGAUUGCUUUCUACUCGAGAUGGUUUGAGUUAUGCACGUGUAAUCGUAUAUUUAUAAGCAAAUUAACAAGUGCUAAGCCAUGGAAAGGACUCACAAGAAUUCUGCUACUAAGGGAGAAAUAAGCGAAGAAGAAGAAGAUUUUGAGAGUGCAGACGAAGGUGAAGAAGAAAGUCCGCCAUCUUUGGCCACGUCAGCCGAAUCCACGUCGGGAACCGCGGAACAAACUAUGGAAGGAUCCGUGGAAAACAGUCAGGAAAAAUCCCCGGAAAGACCAUCACUACAAGAAAAUGUUGAUGAUGUAAAAAUGGAGGUAAAUGCGAAGCCAGGAGAACAGGAAACGCGAGAAACACCUAGUAGUGAAACUUUAUCAAACUCUGGAAGCUCGUCAAAAUCAACGCUACCGCCUACAGAAGUCGAAUCUAGCGAAGAUUUUGAGCAAUCGAUCCCUCGAAACAAUGAGAAGAGUGGCACAGGUGAUAUAAUAGAAGAAUCGAGAGAGGGCAAAGUAGAAAGUAAUAAUGAAGAGAACCGAAAAAAUCCAGAAUCGGAGAUUUGUGAGACUGAACCAAAUGACAAACAGCAAGAUAAUGACACGAAAGGCAGCAGUUCGCCGGAGAAUUCAUCAGUAGACAGUGAGAUCAAGCAAGAGACGAAAUCCCCAACAACUGAGGCAUCGUCUGAAGGUGCUACCAAGAAGGAGGGUUCCCCUCAAGACCAAGAACAUCAACCAGAAGCAGAAACUGGGUGGGGUUGGGGUAGCUGGGGAUCCGUCUUGUCGCAGGCAACAGCAUCCGUGACCUCCGGUCUAUCGCAUGUUAUUGAGAGUGUGGAAACUUCACUAGGGAUCCCUGAGCCUUCUGAGAUAGCUCACAAGGUCACAGAGGAAGAGAAGAAGGCACAGAAAUCAGUCGUUAUGGAUGAGCCUGUACCUACAGAACCUAAGGAGACAGGGGAAGGGCAAGUUGAAGAGGAAGAGUCCCUGUCAUCUGCACUUUCUGCAUUUGGUUUGUCUAACGUGAUGCGCUCCAAGCUGGUAACCGAUGGUCUGGAGGCCCUGGAGUUUAUUGGCAAAAAAACGAUGGAUGUUAUUUCUGAUGGUGACCCAGGUUUGAGGAAGAAACGGGAAGCUCUAUCAGCAGGAAAUGGUCCUAAUCUCUCACAGAUGCUUCGCGAAGCUAAAGAGGAAGCAGAACGCAAAGCAGCCCACCAAGAACAAGAGAAGGCGACCAAAAACGUGAAUUUUAGCACCGAGUUCGAUCAGCACCAGGGAUUGGCUCAUUUGGAAGCUUUAGAGAUCCUAGCCAAGGAGAGCGAACAUAAGGUCGAGUCACAAAUAAUCGAUUUACCCGAGGAGCAACUGAACAUCACCAAGCCAGUGUUGCGCACUCUACAGGACCUUUUGCGAGCAAACGAAGACGAGGAGGACGACGAGGCUGAGGAGCAGGACUUUAGCACGGAAAUCCAGCAGAGUCUGGAGAGCCUUCAUCUCACCCAUAUCCCGGACAAGAUCACCCACGUGGCGACUAGCGCUAAGGAGUGGAUAAAAGCUUGCGUGAAGGACCAAGACCAGACCCCAGGUAGCCGCCAUGCACCGGACAUUUACAAAUGCGGGAUUUCAACGCUGGCUGAGCUCACCGCUAGGACUGUCGAACAGUUUCACAAAAUCGCCGAAGUGAUUCUUUUACUUGGAGAGAAGGAGACGUCUGCCAUAGUGCGCGCGCAGGGUUUGAAAAGGAUGACGGGAUCGGUGUGUACGGAGGUAUCUGUACUGGCGACGCACUUUGCGGGGUGUCUUAACACUGCGGCAGACGACUCCGAGGACCCAGAGGGCGUCAGUACACUCAUUACCAGUCUCUAUCUCGAGUCGAGCGAGUGCGCGCGAUACGUGCAACACGCCUUUGAGCUGCUAGGCCCAGUCCUCCAGCUGUCAUCUCUGGGCGAGAAGACUGAGGAGAGUUGAGUCAGUCCUAGUCUUACUUGUGUGGGACAAAAAUUUUGUCAUGUCUCCCAAAGAAAGUGAGGAGUAUACGAAAAUUUCGCUCAUAAAUACGUGUUGCCAAGGUGCUAGGGUCCGUAGUUAUUUGUAUGUAACCAAAAAAAGAAAACACUUGGAAAACAUUCAUAUUAACAGAAAGGCACUUUAAUACGUCACGCCAAGUAUCCUAAUGACAUUAUCUAUGAAUAUAAAUGUAUUAACGGGUGUUUUUACAAACUUUUACCAAGUGAUAAAAACGAAUUUGAUAAAAAAAUAUAUUAAAAUUAACUACCUAUAAUAA